UCUUCCAGUGCGUCGCUCUCAUCCGUCCCCACUGUAUUGCCGUUCUCGACCAAGGAAUCCUAGCUUGGGACUGUACUUGAUCGUGGCGAAGUGCGCUAAGGAUAGUAGCCAAAAAAGACUCCAGACCCCGUAAGAGAUCUAAGGAGCCUAAGAGGCGGGAUUUGUGUCCGCGGAUUGCCAACCAAAGGGCCCCUCUUCCAUAUACAUAAUACAUACGUACGUACCUUUAGAAGAACUUGGAGGGGAAAGACGAAUUCGGAAACGGGAAAGAAAGACCUUUUGGGAGAUCAGUGGGUUUGGAGAUAGUCUGGCUUGGCAGCUCAAGCCGAACCCAUCGCCCAGUUGCAUGCGUUGUGAAUUCCUGAAUGCAGGGCCCUUUUUUAGCGAAAGGUGUUCAACGACUUCAUUCUGUGCUUGUAUGUGAUGUGAUGAGUUCUCUAAUCUCGGGAACAUCAGUGAAGUGUGUUAAAAUACGAUCUUGAGCAAAAAGAAUCCUUACGAAAAGGAAAGCUGUCGGACUUCAACAAAGUAGGAUUCGGCUUGAUCUUGCUUGGUGCAUGCACAUAGAACCGAUAUCAAUUAGGAAUGGGUCUCGGAAGAGGUCUCGGAACAGACAUGGAGGGCUGUGGCAAAUGUGUCAAAUGGUCCCUAUUCAUCAUAAAUUUUCUCAUAUUUUUGGGCGGCCUUGUUGUACUAGCAGUUGGAAUUUGGACGCUGGCCGACAAGGCAUACAUAGAGCGCCUGCUGCGGAAUGACCUGUUCAUUUCGUCUGCUUAUAUCCUCAUCAUCGCGGGAUGCAUCAUUGUUGUCAUCAGCUUCUUGGGCUGUUUUGGAGCCAUGAAAGAGGUCAAAUGUAUGCUGUUGACCUAUUUUAUCUUCCUUUUCCUGAUGUUUGUUGUCCUCUUGAUUGGUGGAGUCCUGGGAUAUGUGUUUCGGAAUCAGGUUGAAGACAACUUGAGACCUGAGAUGAAACACACCAUUGAAGAGUAUGAUCCUGGCAACUUGAAUGAUCCAAUCACCACUGCCUGGGAUGAUACCCAAAGAAAUUUGCAAUGCUGUGGAAUGGGGCUGACAAAUAUGGAAGAUGAGCCUUGGAUGGCUUGGAAGAUGAACUCUCGCAUCAAUCCAACUGCCUUAGAUGGCAUGGUCCCUGCUAGCUGUUGUCGCUUGGAUGACUUUGGUCAGGUCAUGAAUUGCACAGAAGACAAUCCAGUGCAAAUUGAAAAGAUCUAUCAAGUGGAUUGCUUUACCCGGGGCCUCUCAUUUGUCAAAGGCCAUGCCAUGUAUCUUGGUGGAGUGGCAUUUGGUAUCUCAUUUUUUAUGGUCCUUGGCAUGAUCUUCUCGUUUGCUUUAUUCAAGUUGAUAGAGUAAAAGACCCUUGGGAUCGCCACAUGGUUGGGAUACUAUAGCAUUAUUUGGCAGAAUAGCAAACUAGCCAUCCUCAUUUUUUGCAUGUUUUUCAUUCAGUGACUUAGUUGAUUGUGAUUCUUGUCUCAAUUAAUUGACUUGAGUUUUCAUCUGUGAUAAACCAUAUAUUUCCAUUUUAAUAACUUGUAUUCACACAACAUUUUAUUCUAAGUUGCAAGAAAAGCGUUAAUUACAACACUUACUUGCUGAUACUUAUGAGUUCAUGCAAGAUUCCAAUGGGGUGAUAUUUUUUUGAGUAAUCCAGCUCUGGCCUGCUGCUCGAUAGUCAAGUGCAAUACCAUAAUUACCAACAUACUUGCUCCUCCCCUUCGGAACCUGAACUCCUCGUUUCAAGACGCAACUUGAUAUUGUCGGUUUUAUCGUUACCGCACACCCUUAGUUUCCGGAUGGGGCCUAAACAACUUGGAACUACCACAUGACACACCCACCCACUCUAAAGUACAUUGUAGUACCAGAUUUGAUUCGCAUAAUAUUGUAAUUUUAUUUCGAAGAGACCCAAAACUCAUUUUGCCCUGAUCUUUAUUCAUGUUUCUUCAUUUGGCUGUACAUUAAUAAGACCCUGAAAUACAUCAUGGAUUUUUGAGCUCUC